AUUUAGUUAUUGCACGCCUGAUGCACUUCAGACACAAAAACAGUAAUCCACGGGGGCAGGAUGCUUAUGAAGAUGGACAAGCCAGGGGCACUACAAACGAAACGUUUGGCGCUCGAGCAAACUUUGGUUAUUCAACGCCGAAUAGCGAGAGCGUGAUCGCGGAAGCCAACCCAAUAUAUGGAGCGGUAGAUAUUAAAAGAAAAGAAGACAAAACCGCCAAUUAUAACCCACCUGGAUACGAACCCGUCAAUAUGAAAAAAAGACGAGGCAACGAAGCUGAGUCUCAAGCAGAUCCUGGAUAUGCGACGCCUGAUGUCAAUAGAAGAGAAAUCAAUCUCGUUAAUUCUUAUCCAGAGCCGCGGUAUGAAACUCCUGAUAUCAAAAAGAAAGAGAUCAAUGUCGCUACUGCAGAUUCUGCUUACUCAUCGCCAGAGAAAAAUAAUGCUGAUCUCGAACGCAUUUAUGUUAACGUAGAUCUCUAUUCUCUUCCGGAGGAAAAUAAAAGUACUAAAAAGGUAAGGCGAGACUUUUUUUAUUCAUUGGUUUACGGAUCCGCCGACCGUAAAUAUUCAGAAAGUGAAAAAUAAAAAAAAUAAAUUUGGAUGUCAAAAAUUUUACAAUUUUAGUUAAUUUUAAUUAUUUGGGGUUCUGACAUGAAGAGACAUGAAGUACACUUCAAGUGAACUUUGACUCUAGGUACUGCUGGCUCAUGUUAUCGUUGUGACAAUCAAUAUGUAGAUUAGCCACGUUUUUUGCAUUUUUUUUUUAAAUUGACGUUAAAAAAUUUUAUAAAGAUUAUUAAUUUCGGUUCUCAUUUAUACUCAGUUCGUGUUUUUUUUUAAUUUGUUUUCCGACCUACCGACCUCUUAUUUUUAAAGUCAAAUCCGUAAACCAAUAAAUAAAAAAAGUCUCGCCUAAAAAUGUUUAUUGAUUUGAACGAGAUGAAUGCUCAAAAAGUGAUACAACAGCAUUAGAAAUUACCUAAUCUAGACUAGACUAAACUAAGCUAUUAAAUUCACUUGAAUAGUACUUUUGAAAUUGUUCUCGCUAAAGGUCCAGUAAGUUGUUUCAUUGGAAUUAAUGUUACCACAGGAGCUCAGCUACACAUGAAAACCUAGCAAAUUGUUACACAUCUGUAAACAAGUUGUAGCAAAGUUGUUGUCAAGUCGAUAUCAGGAUGUGUUCGCACUGCUUGUACCCAGUUGUUGUAACAAGUCUGGAACAAGUUGUUAUCAUCUUUUUACAAGGUUGAUGACGGUAACAGACUUUCUACAAGUUGUUCCAACAAGACUAAUACAGGCUGUUCGUAACAGGUUGCUACGAGCUUGUUGUCAUCAACUUGUCAUCAACUUGUUACGUGCAGACGAUAUCAAACUUGUUUGAACAACUUGUUGCGAGUCUGUUGGCCUCGUCAACCUUGUUACAAGAUGAUAACAACUUGUUCCAGACUUGUCAACAACUGGGAACAAGCAGUGCGAACACAUGUUGUUGACAAGCUGGAAGAUUUUUACGCGUGUAGCCUUAAAAAAGACAAUCAAACAUUGCAGACCAAACCAUUCUCGUCCCCAGAGCCAUUGAAAAUUCGUUGAAAAUUAGGCCCUGGGUUAGACGACCGAAGGGAGAGAUCUGAUUGGCUUCUCAGAGAACUCCUAUUUCGCAGAAGUUGAGCAAUUUUCGCUAGAAAAGAUUAUUCUGUCAAAAUAUGUCAACACAAAUACUUCGUUCCUUCGUAAUAUUUGUCUGUGAAAAUUAUUACGGGUGCUGAAGCGUCCCAAUUCAAGAGCAUGCGCUUUAGAAACUACUGCAAGUUUUCUUGCGCUUCCGGUUCCGUGUUUUUCAGACUAAAUCUGACUUCUCAACAGCUGAACACAUCUUGUUGACCAGCUGUGACAUUUUUACGCGUCGUGCACACACGUAAAAACGCACAAGUUGUAACAAGCCUGCAGCAGACUUCAACAACUUGUCAACAGGGUGUGUUCGCACUGCUUGUUUCCAGCUUGUUCACAAGUUGUUACAAGGUUGUUGAGCUUAACAAACUUGUUACAAGUUGUUUCAACAACAACUCGUCCUAUACAAAUCAACAUUUUGCCAAUAAGUUGUGGGUGACAACCUUGUAGCAACUUGAUAAAAUAACAGCAUUGUUACAACUUGUUGACAAGCUUCCUGCAAGCCUGUUGCGAACACAUCUUGUUGACAAGCUUGCUGCAAGCCUGUUGCGAACACGAUCUUUACGCGUGUAGCUUUAGACGCCCAAUGUGCCAUUGACACCAUCCUACACUUUUAUAUAACUGACGUAUUUUGAAUCUACAGAUUAAUGGUUUAAACUACAUGGAUCCUUCACGGUUAGUAUCUGGCAGUCAAGACGGAAAUGAAAGCCAGGAUCAAUCUGGCCAACCUACUGAAUAUGCAGAAGUUGUGGGAGUCAUGAAGCCAGCGCCGAAAAAACCCAAACGUCUGUUUUUGCAGUGAGAAUCGUUUUUGUCCUUGAGAUAUUUGAGGUUGUUUAAUUAAUAUGCAAAUCUAAGACGUCACAAUUAGCUGGUAAAAUAUUUUCAAAAAAAGCCAGUCACACCAAAAAAGCUCACUGUUCAAAAUAGAUGAAAUAAUUUAAGUCUGUAUCGAUGAUUCCAUUGACCAAUCUGGCAUAGAAAAAUAUGAAGUUUUUAAUGGAGUCCUGCAUGUGAAUUCUCAAAAGUUGUAGCAAGGUUGUUGUCAAGCCAAUAUCAGGAUGUGUUCGCACUGCUUGUUCCAAGUUGUUGUGACAAGUCUGGAACAAGUUGUUAUCAUCGCGUGUUACAAGGUUGAUGGCGGUAACAGACUACCUUAAAAUGCCAGUCCCGCAAAAAUCAUAAAUUAAGCUCACUGUCCAAAAUAGAUGAAAUCAUUCUGUAUCGAUGAUUUCAUUGACCAAUCUGGCAUGCAACAAUAUGAAGUUUUCAAUGGAGUCCUGUAAUGCAGUCCUGUGCACUGUCAAAAUGUUUGCCCAGUCUGUGACCUCAUCUUAUUUCCACGUUAAAUAAACUAGAAAAUAUCUAACGAAAGAAAAAUAUAAAAAUUUUGUAAGUUGACUUGUUUGUUUGCAAUGACGUAAUUUUGGGAUUUCAGUUGACGGACAGGUACACAAAAACCGGCUAUUUUAAUGUAUUGAUUGAGUUUAGAGACAGUUUAAGACACAAAAGAUGAAUAACCGUUCAGUUUUCCUUGCUACAACCAUUCUGAUAGGAGAAAAAUCGUCCACAAGUUGUUGUAUUGCCCGUCAUUUGGAUGAGAAGUCACGUGAUUGCAAACAAAUAAUUCUACAGUUUAAGUAUUAGUACCGGCCUCGUCCCUCGUCGCUUCAGUUGGGAUAGAGGUCAAUGGAAAAACAAUGGGAGCGCCGGGCUUAAUGGGAAUGCAAUAGAAUCUACGCGACCGCGCAUACGGAUAACGGAUGAGGGACUGUGGAAGAGUUAGUAUUAGUACCAUACCCUUUUAAUAUCGGUAUUUACACACAUAAUAAAACAGUAAAAGUUGAAGUUUGACAUUAUAUCACAGUUAGGUUUCUUUGGAAAACGUAUACAUUUCCAUCAAAGACAACUUAUAUCAAAUGUAAUUAGCCUCGAUGAGGUCUGGCAAAAAAGACAAUUUACAAAUAUCGCGACAUGCUAUAUUUUUACAGUUAUGUUUUAAUGGAAAUUAAAGGUAAACAAGCGCGAUGAUAUAAUUUGUCAAAAAUUGUUGUUAAAAAUGGUUGUCAACAAUUAAAUAAUGAUUAUUUAGUAACUUUGAAACCACUUGUAAUAUAGUUAUAUAAUUUUUAG